GCGUGCGCGUGCGGCUGCUCCAUUGAAUCCUCCGUUAGCUCCGCGGGCUAAAGGCUAAAAGCUAACGCCGCCGAACCGAACCGAGCCGAACCGAACCGGACCGGGCCGAACAUGUCCAAGAAGAGCGAGUAUCUGCGCGCGCUGGUGACGGAGCGGCUGAGCGCGGCUGCGGAGGAGAUCUUUGCUCUGGUGGAGACGACAAUAGCGGAAUAUGAAGAAGAACUGCGCCGGUCCAAAGAGGAGAACCAGCGGAACCUGCAGCUCCUGGACUCGGUUCGGAACGCGCAGGCCGAACUGCAGAAGCCAGAUGUGGCGGCUCCUCUCUCGUGUUCGGAUCAGAGGAGCUCAGGUUUGUCGGGAGCGUCCGCGCAGAAGCAGCGCGCGGUCAAAAGCGAACGCGACGCUCCCGAAGAGACGGGGGAAAACUGCGACGACUGGACCGCGCCCUCCGCCGGACCCUCCGAGAUCCGGGACCAGAAAGCGGAUCCCGACGGACAGAGCGAGGAACAGAGCGACGAGCAGAGCGAAGAGCAGAUGGAGGAAGAGCAGACGGCGGCUCCGGAGCCUCACCAGUGCUGCAUCUGCGACCAGAUGUUUGUGGAUCCUCAGAGUCUGAAGCGGCACAUGGACCUGCACAUGGAGGAGGUGGAGCUGCUGAGCCGCACCCGAGCGGCGGCGGCGGAGGAGGAGGACGAGGAGGAGGAGGACGAGGAGGACACGUGUAAGCGGCGAGCGCCUCAGCCUCGGCCGCACGCGCUCAGCAGGACCGUGGCGUCUUUCGGCGGCUCACCGUUCAGCUGCCCGUUCUGCAAGAGGGACUUUGCCCGGAAGUCGGACCUGCAGUACCACAUCCUGAUCCACACGGGGGAGAAGCCCUUUUCCUGCUCCCAGUGCAACCGCAGAUUCAACCGCAAGUCAAACCUGUACCGGCACUACAGGAACCACGCCAAGAAAAAAAUCCUCUGAGUCCGAGUCUGGAAAAAAAAACAAAAAAAACCCCAAAUGGAUCUCCGUCCGUUGGUUUGGACUCAUCUGUGUCUGACUUUUCUGCUCUGAUUUUUGUCACAGUCUCGUCUUUUCUUUUCACUUCGUUUAUGUCAAAAACUCACUCCUAAACUCGUUAAACGGGAGCUUUUCUGCUUGUUUCCAUGGAGACGUCACUGCUCUGUCCGGAAUGUUCUGCAGUGUGACUUUAUUAAACAGCUCAACCUUAGAUUUGUUCAGUUACACGUGUUUUAUAACUCAAAAAUACCGAGAAAAACAGACAAAAAAGACUUGGAAAAAGCAAUAAACCAGGACUAAACCAAGGUCUAAACUAAGACUAAACCAGGACUUAAUCAGGUCUAAAGCAGGUCUAAACCAAGGACUAAACUGAGGACUAAACUAGGUCUAAAUCAGGUCUAAAUCAGGACUAAACCAAGGACUAAACCAAAAUUAAAUCAGGUCUAAACAAGGACUAAACCAGGUCUAAACCAAGGACUAAACCAGGUCUAAACCAAGGACUAAACCAGGUCUAAACUAGGUCUAAACCAGGACUAAACCAGGACUAAACCAGGUCUAAACCAGGUCUAAACCAGGUCUAAACCAGGACUAAACCAGGACUAAACCAGGUCUAAACCAGGUCUAAACCAGGUCUAAACCAGGUCUAAACCAGGUCUAAAUGAGGUCUAAACGAGGUCUAAACGAGGUCUAAAUGAGGUCUAAACGAGGUCUAAACCAGGUCUAAACCAGGUCUAAACGAGGUCUAAACCAGGUCUAAACCAGGACUAAACCAGGUCUAAACCAGGACUAAACCAGGUCUAAACCAGGUCUAAACCAGGACUAAACCAGGACUAAACUUCAAAAAUCCUUAUAAAAACAGACCUUCUGACUGUGAGUGGAGUCGCCUCUCCACAGAUCUGUCCUGUAACUCGGUCCUGGUUUGGUCUCCACGCAGAUUAAAAGUUUUAAAGCACAGUUUUACUGCGGAACAUUCCAGACAAAAAAGCACUAACCUCUCCAUGAAGAAAAGCCUUUGACGGAGCCUCCAAAAGAAAAGUUACACAUUGCAGCUUUAAAUACUCGAGCUGUUGUCGAUUUAAAAACCCAAACGUCUCCACAGCAGCAGGGGGCGCUCUUCUAAAACUACUAUUUACUUAAAACUUCAACUAAAUCACGAGUUUAAUCUAAAUUUUUACAGAGAAACACACACAACCCCCCCAAAAAAAACAAACAAAUCUUCAUCUUCCGUCUUUCUUCUUCUUCUGCCUUUGUCCCAGAGACAUUUUUAAUCGAAUAAAACUCAUUUUAAUCGACUAAAAACCUACAGCCCCAAAAAUCCUGGAGGAAAUAGAAUCCUGACUGUUUUAUUUUUUGGUCAAAGUUUCACUGUGGAACUUUUCUGGCUUUUCUCCUUGUCUGUUUUGUCUUGAAUAUUCCUCAGUGUUGGGGCUGUGCAAAAAUAUUGAAAUAUUGAAAACUCGUAUCGUUUAAUUUGACGAUACCGUACGGUUAUCGUGGGCUGCUGUGUUUUAAGGUACAUUUUACUGAAUAUUUUGUGUUGGAACGAUAUUUAUGUUGAUAUUUUCACCGUUUUGUUGAGUAAAAUCUGUGUUUUUCAUGUUAACUUUGCACAAACUCAGUGGAUUUUUUCGACUUUUAGUGUCGCAGCCUGGAUUUAUCUUUUAUUUUUCACUGAAUUGUAUCAAAUCGAUUUGAAAUGCAGCGUGACCCAAAAAACGUGACAUCAGUUUAAAAGCAAUUCUCUCGAAAACUAGCUCAAUCGCCGAGUCCUUCCUCUGUACAUUUUUGGUACCAAGUCCAGAUUUGUUUACCAGAUGGUGAAGUUUUUUCCAAAUUUUGCAUUGAAGGAAUGAAUUGAAGGAACUGAAUUUUGAUCACGAUUUCGAUUUGUGCGUCAAACGAAAUCAUGAUCACUCCAAACUCAAAAUCAACUUGAAACGAUUUAAGCUUAACAGAGUUUAUUUUGGGAUAUUUUUUUACAAAUAUAAUUUUAGAGAUUGUAGUAGAGCAGAAUCUAGAGUUUAUUUUGGUACAUUUGUUUUUCUGUGUCUUAUUUCAUAUUCAAUGUUUAUUUUAUACAUUUUUUGUUUUAUAUUUUGCAUUUUGUGUCUUGAAAUCUUCUGCACAAACUAAACCUAAGACUGAACGGUCGAGCGGCUCGAUUACGGAAAAAAAAUCAUCAUUACGAUUAUUUUGGUCAAUAUUGAAUCACAAUUAUUCAAAUGAUUAUUUUGUAGUCACACGAUGCAUUUAUUCAACAUUUCUCUCUCAAAAAACAAAACACUUUGUUAUUGAUAAUUAACGCAAAAAUGUCAAACUUUUAAUAAAUAUCGGCAACAAAUCUGAACCUUAGAGCAGAUUUGUGAUCUAUAAAACAUAAAAUGAAUAAAAUAAAGUUUCAAGGCAGAAAAACAUAAAUGUGCCAAAAUAAACUCUAUAUUCUGCUCUUCUACAAUCUCUAGAUUUAAACAAUAAAAUAAAUGUAUGUAUUUAUAUAAAAAAUAUCCCAAAAUAAGCUUUCGGGAGCACAGGUCCUCACUUUCACCGGCUCGUAAAUCCUUUCAACUUGAUGAUAUGAGUUUGAAAAUCAUUUGACACACAAAUCGAAAUCGCACAGACUCACGAAAGAAACCUCGAUACGAUAUGUUUUUCGAUACAGUGAGCUUUCGAUUCAAUCCAGAUUCGAUACAAUAUAGUUCAAAUCGAAUUGAUACGGCUCCGUGAAAAACAAACUAAAUCACGGCUCUGACACUAAAAGUCCACUGAGUUUGAACAAAGUUUUUUCCUACUUAUUUAGAAUUUAUAAUUUAUAUUUUUUACUCUUUUUUUAUUAUAUUUCUGGUGAUGUGUGACUCCUGUGUCCAAAUAAUUUCCCUUGUGGAUCAGUAAAAUUUGUCUCAGUCGCCCAUUUUACUCAAAACAGUAAAAAUAUCAACACAAUUGUAGCUUUUAAACAAAAUAAUUUAGUCAAAUGUACCUAAAAAUACUGUGUCAUCACAUUUAAACGACACGAUAUUUCGAUAUUUCAAAAUUUUUGCACAGCCCCAACAGAGACGAGCUGCUCCAGAAACGUUACGUUGCAAAGAUUUUAAUUUUUUUUAAUGUUCAUAUGUUCUUGUAUUUUAAAACUUUUUUGCAAACUGAUCUUACUCUACUGAUGUUGGAGAUUUACACGUUUGAGAUUAGUUUUAUCAGAACACGCUGUUUUUACCAUGUUUAAUUUUAGUUUUUUCAAUUCCGUAAACAGUUCUCUAAAGUUGUUUGUUCUAGAUUUUUAAGAUCAGAAGGAAAAUCAUUUGUAGAAGUGACAUAAACCUGCAAAACCGAAUAAAUCGUACGUUUUUAUCACCGCGUA